AUGACAGUCCCACAUGAUACCCAGUCCGCCGUACUCCUCGCCCACGUCGCGACACAAUUGCAGCUCAAUGUCUCCUUCCUCGAGUCUCAGAACUACAUGUCUACCGAAGACGCCAGCACCAUGCGUGAAAUUGUAUCACGACUACCCGGCGGCGCCGGUCAGUCAGUUGUCACAACCAGCGUCAGGGUUGUCAGUCCAGCUGUCAUGCCUAGAGCGAUCCCCCCUCCACCUGUUCAAGCGCCUGUGAUCUCAUCCUCUCCCUCACAGCAACCUAGAUUCGCGAAAGCGACCUGGGCAUACAACGAGGACGGUUCAGAGCCAAACGAUCUCUCGUUCUCUGCUGGCGAACUCAUCGAGGUUGUCUCAGAGAAGAACCAAGAUUGGUGGCUCGGUCGCGCACGCGGUCGGGAGGCUCUAUUCCCGUCUAAUCAUGUCGAGAGAUUAGACGCUUCUGCCCCUGCACAAGUUGAUGGAGUUGCGACGACAGCGAAGAAACCGUACAGGCCAUUUGGUGCCGCUUUGCAUGGGAUGGAUAAGCCUCCCGCUGCGGGUGUAGGCGUCAACUCUGUUGGUCUGCAGGAAGCAUCUGGUCAGGCGGAAAAGAAGAAUAAAUUCGGCAAGUAUGGCAAUACGAUGGCCCACUCAGCUGCAGGAGGUGUCGGGUUUGGUGCUGGUGCUGCCAUUGGCGGUGGAUUAGUCAGAGCGAUAUUCUGA